AUGAAAAUCAGGGGAGCUCUCAAGAAAAAGGCAAAUGUAGCACUCAUUUCCCAAAUUGAACCAAAGAAGGUUGAUGAAGCCCUAAAAGACUCUAACUGGUUGACUAAAGCUCUGUAUGGACUCAAACAAGCUCCACGAGCCUGGUACGAAAGGCUUAGUUCAUUUCUACUUGAUCAUGGGUUUACAAGAGAAUUCGUUGGUCUUAUGCAAAGUGAGUUUGAAAUGAGCAUGAUGGGAGAGCUUACGUUUUUCCUUGGACUUCCAAUUCAACAAUCUAAAGAAGGAACGUUUGUGUAUCACAUGAUAUAUACAAAGGAGUUAGUUCAGAAGUUUGGCAUGAGCAGUGCUAAAGCAAUUGGUAUGCCAAUGAGCUCGUCAACAAAUCUUGACAAGGACAAAAAAGGAAAUCCAGUUGAUGAAACUAAAUAUCGUGGAAUGAUUGGCUCCUUGAUUUACUUGACUGCCAGCCGACCAGAUAUUAUGUUUAGUUUGUGUAAAUAUGCCAGGUUCAGUCAGCUCCUAAGGAAUCGUAUCUGA